CGAGCGGCCACGGUCGCCGGAAAGAAAGCCACAGGUUUCUUCUUCCUCCCUUACCGCAUCCACAUUCGGCGUAGUGUUUGGACAAAAUGCGAUUAGACGUGAAGGUUCGUGGGCAUUUCUUUUGCUAGAAGCUGGCCAUCAUGCUGGAUCCCCUGGUAGACAGCCUGGAUAUGGCAUCAACCCCAUCUGUCCCUACCCAUUCCAAGAACAAGAGCCUGGAUCUGCGCGAGACGGUUUUGGUGGGCAAGAUGACACCCAACUCGACUAACUCGGUGUACCAAAUACAGAGACAGUUGUUUGCGAGGAGCGAGAGAGUCAAGGGCAUCGAUUUCCACCCAGUUGAGCCAUGGAUCUUGACCACCCUUUACAGUGGACAUGUUUAUAUCUGGUCCUACGAGACUCAGGCCAUAGUCAAAACCUUCGAGUUGACAGAUGUCCCUGUUCGAGCGGGCAGAUUCGUUGCGAGAAAGAAUUGGAUUGUUUGCGGUUCCGAUGACUUCCAAUUGCGAGUAUACAACUACAAUACCUCUGAAAAGAUUACCUCUUUCGAAGCACAUCCAGAUUAUAUUCGAGCGAUCGUCGUACACCCCACACAACCCUUCGUUCUGACCGCCUCGGAUGACAUGACCAUCAAGUUGUGGGAUUGGGACAAAGGAUGGAAAUGUGUCCAGGUUUUCGAAGGCCACAGCCAUUAUGUUAUGGGACUGGCCAUAAAUCCCAAAGACACCAAUACAUUUGCUUCUGCUUGUUUAGACAGAACUGUCAAGAUCUGGAGUUUGGGUUCCUCAACAGCGAAUUUCACUCUCGAAGCACACGAAACGAAGGGCGUAAACCACGUCGACUACUACCCACAAUCCGAUAAGCCAUACCUCCUUACCACCUCCGAUGACAGAACGGUCAAGGUCUGGGAUUACACCACCAAGUCCUUGAUUGCGAUACUGGAAGGACACACAAGUAAUGUUUCUUUCGCAUGCUAUCACCCAGAACUGCCUGUGAUCAUCUCUGGUUCCGAGGAUGGCACCGUCAAGAUCUGGCAUGCGAAUACAUACAGACUUGAACAAUCGCUGAACUAUGGCCUGGAAAGAGCAUGGUGUGUUAGCUACCAACGAGGCAAGCAAGGUGUGGCGGUCGGAUUCGAUGAAGGAGCCGUGGUUGUGAAGAUGGGUCGAGAAGAACCAGCAGUGUCGAUGGACGGAUCUGGAAAGCUGAUCUGGGCACGACACAGCGAGGUUGUCUCCUCGAUAAUAAAAGGUGGUGAUGCUUCCCUGAAAGACAACGAUCCCAUCUCCCUCCCAACAAAAGACCUCGGUACCUGCGAAGUAUAUCCACAAACUCUCCUCCAUUCUCCAAACGGCCGAUUUGUGUCUGUUUGCGGUGAUGGUGAGUUCAUCAUCUAUACAGCUCUGGCUUGGAGAAAUAAGGCUUUUGGUUCUGCUCUGGAUUUCGUCUGGGGUUCGAAGGAAAACAGCAAUGAUUACGCCAUUCGAGAAUCAACCACAAGCGUCAAGAUCUUCAAGAACUUUGUGGAGAAGGCUGGAGGACUUGAUGUGGGGUUUCAAGCUGAAGGUCUUACUGGUGGUGUUUUGCUCGGCGUUAAGGGGCAAGGCGGCGUCGGCUUUUUCGAUUGGCAGACAGGCGGUUUGGUCCGAAGGAUCGAAGUAGACCCGAAAGAGGUCUACUGGUCUGAGAACGGAGAACUAGUCUCGAUUGCUUGCGAAGAUACAUUCUACGUUCUCCGAUUUUCUCGCGAGAACUAUGUUGCUGCAGUUCAAGCUGGAGAAGUUGAGGAUGACGGAGUCGAAGCAGCCUUUGAAGUUGUUACUGACAUCAAUGAGAGCGUCCGAACUGGUGAAUGGGUUGGUGACUGCUUCAUCUACACCAACAGCACAAACCGUCUUAACUACUUAGUCGGAGACCAAACAUACACCAUUUCACAUUUCGAUCAGCCCAUGUAUCUACUUGGUUAUAUUCAACGAGACUCGAGGAUAUACCUGGCUGAUAAGGAUGUCAAUGUCACUUCAUUCGCCCUUUCUCUUUCUGUUGUCGAGUAUCAGACACUUGUCCUGCGAGAUGACAUGGAGUCAGCCGCUGAGCUCCUGCCCUCAAUACCUUCAGACCAGCUGAACAAGAUUGCGCGGUUCCUUGAAGGUCAAGGCCAUAAAGAUCUUGCUCUCGAGGUUGCCACGGAUCCCGAACACAAGUUCGAACUUGCACUCGCCCUUGGUCACCUCCCAAUUGCGCUGGAGCUCGCUCGAGAGGCCGAUGUAGAGCACAAGUGGAAGACUGUUGGCGAUGCUGCUCUCGCUGGCUGGGACAUUGCACUGGCAGCGAAAUGUUUCAAGAGCGCUAAGGAUCUUGGCUCAUUACUUCUGCUACACUCUUCGACUGGCGAUCGAGAUGGUCUAAAAGCCUUGAGUGAGCAGGCACAGGAAGCUGGAGCUCACAAUGUUGCAUUCUCAUGUCUCUGGCAGCUGGCUGAUGUAGAUGGUUGCAUCGAUCUUUUGACAAAGACCGGCAGGACUGCAGAAGCUGUUCUUUUCGCCCAAACUUACAAGCCAAGUGUUGCUGUCAAAACCGUUGGUCUGUGGAAGCAAAGCUUGGAGAAGGAGAAAAAAGGUCGUGUCGCGAAGACGAUUGGUGUUCCUGGAGAAGAUGACGAGCUGUUCCCUGAAUGGGAAGACUAUCUGCGAUUAGCAGGCGAAGGUGUGAAGCUCAUUGACGUGAAUGGUGAAUCCGAGGAGCCUGUCAAUGGCGAUGCGGCGGAAGCAGAAGAAGAAGAAGAAGAGGUUGAGGUUGAGGAGUGAGGUAAUUGUCGAUAGAUAGUUCUGUGCAUUCGUCUUUGGACUGGGGGCACUUGGGAGACGGAUGGGAAAAGAAAUUAUGGCGCAAAUAGCUACAUAUGAAACCAACGAGAUGUUCUUCCC